AUGCGGCUGCUGACGCACAACUUUCUCUGCUGCCUCGAGUGCCAGUCCUUCCCGCUGCGGGUGCGCGGCGAGGAGGUGGAGGUGCUGCCCUGCGGGUUCGACGCCGAGUUCCUCCGCCUGAUGCUUGCCCGCAUGGACUACACCUUCGCCGUGGACGCCUUCAACGCGCUGCGGGAGCAGCAGCCGCAGCUGCUGGGCGCCGCACAGGCGCUUCCUGCAACGCUGGCGGAGGUCGACCUUUCCGACGACUCGGCGGACUUGCGGGCGGUGCACCACGCCGUGCAGGAGGUGGCGGUGCGGGGCGGCGGGCUCGUCUGCGGGCAGUGCGGCCGCGAGUACCCGAUACGCGACUUCAUCCCCGACAUGGUCCUCGAGGGCAAGUGA